AUGGGGCGUGACUCAGAUCCUGAUCAGAAUGCCCCUGAAGCUGCUAACGGUGAUAGGGAUGUGAGGCGAUCCCGCUCCGUUAUGUCCGGUGAAACAUACUCUGUUUGGUACUGGGUCCGCCUUCAACAGUUAUAUCCGGGAAAGUUCAAAGUCCACGGAGGCGAUCCCGGACUAAAUGCCACCAAUUUGGCGGAAACACCUGACCAGCUGCGGGCUCGUGGUGCGGUCGAGCCCCAUGUUGGGGGUGAAAGGAUCGCUUCUAUUGCUAGAGGCGAGCGCGACUCCGAUGUGGGACGGGUUUGUGGUGUUUAUGGUGUUUCACCUUGGUAG